AUGGGAGCUCUAGCUAUGGAAGAGAGUGACCAAAGGGAGAACUUGUUUCUUGCACAGUGCAAAAUUGUGGAUAAGGUUUGCUCAUUAAUCAUUGAUGGUGGGAGUUGCACGAAUGCCGUCAACAAGAAAGCCAUUAUCAAAUUUAGCAUUGGCAAGUACCAAGAUGAGAUUUUGUGUGAUGUGGUACCCAUGCAAGCUUGCCAUCUAUUGCUUGGAAGACCUUGGCAAUUUGAUGUUGAUGCCCAACAUAGUGGCAGAACUAACAAGUACUCAUUUGUGGUCAAGGGGAAGAAGUACAUUCUUAACCCAUUAACCCCUCACCAAGUGAGUGAGGAUUAUAGAGUGAUGAGGGAGCUUCGGGAUAAGUAUCAAAGGGAAGAAAAGGAGAAGAGUAAGAAGGAGACUUUGUUGGUUAUAAGUGGAGAGGGAACAUCUCAAGAUGGUUCCAAGAAAUGUUUGUUGGCCAAACCAAGUAAUUGCUUGAAAGGGAUUGACAAGAGACACUUCAUGGUAUGUCUUGUCAACAAGGAUCUUCUCUUAAAUGCUAUCCAAGCUACUAGCACUUUUCCUAGUAGUAUGUCUUCUCUUUUGCAGGAAUAUGAAGCCUUGUUCCCGGAGGAAAUGCCCGAUGGCUUACCUCCCUUGAGAGGUAUUGAGCACCAAAUCGACUUUGUAUCGGGUUCCCAAAUUCCCAAAAAACCAGCUUAUAGGAGCAACCCGGAAGAAACAAAAGAAUUACAAAGGCAAGUGGAUGAACUUCUUAAAAAGGGGCUACUGAAGGAGUGUCUUAGCCCGUGUGCCGUUCCGGUGAUUCUUGUUCCAAAGAAAGAUGGCACUUGA